AAUUUCGGUAGAAAUAUUUCGUAAAAUUAUAUUUAUUUUUUGUGAAAUACAUUUAUGGAAAUUUUUUUUUAUAUUUACAUGAAUACUAUUGUUUUACAUAAUAACAUAAUUAGAAAUUAAUGACAAUGUUGCGAUAACGUUAAACUGUCUUAAUUGAAUUAUAUUGUUGUGGAAACAUGUCAAUAACUCACAUAACCUUACUAAAGUGUCUGAAUAUUAUUGAAUAAAUGUAAAAAUGGAAGUUGGUGCAGUUAAACAAGAUUUUAAUACAGAGGUCAUCUUAUUGAAGAAGAAGAUUGUGUCAGGUGAAUCUAAAAUAAAACCUAAAGAAUUAGCAAAAUUUAUGAUAACACACACAGGUAGUUUGAAUGACUACUUGAAUAAGCCAAAUGUAAACCAGGAGAAAGCAUGCGCCAGGUUGUUGCUACAUAAGUCAUUGCAAGAUAAGUAUAAAUUCAUCAGAGAUAGAUUUGCUGGGAUUCCUAUAAAAGACUUGUUUAUGUCUCGACAAGAGAGAAUAAAGAUGAAAAAAGAAGCAAAUGACAAAAAUAAAAAGAAGAAAGGCAAUGUUGUAAAUUCUGAAGGGAAAUGGGAAGUAAGAGAUAUUGAAUUAGACACUGAUUUUAAACAAACAGUUAAAACUGCUACCUCAGAUGAAAUGGUAGCAUCUGAUGAAGAGGAAUCUGGUGAUGAAGGGGAGUCUGACGAUGAAGAGGAGUCUGGUGAUGUAGAGGAGUCUGGUGAUGAAGAUGUUGCUUCUGUAGAUCAAAGUGAAGUUUCUAAUGAGGAAAAUACAAGCUUAAAUAAUUAUGAUAUGCAUGACUCUCCUGAAAAUACACAGAAAGCAAUUAAUGUUGUAGCGAAAGAUAGGAAUAUAGAUAACACUGUUAAUGAGACAGCAGAUGUCGGGAAAUUUGUUAAAUUUGUUCCUGAUAAAUUUGAAAAUGAUGCCAUCACCUGUAAUAAUAAAAGGAAUAAUACUGAUACUGACAAAGGUAAGAAUAGAAAACCGUCGAAAUCAACUGAACAUGUGAAGAAAAAAGUGAAAGAUGACAAUAAGAACAAGAAUUUUAAUGAAAAGAUUUUAUUAAGAAAAUUUAAGAAAGAUACAGACUUAGUCCCUGUAGCUGAUACAAAAGUAGUAGAUCCAUUUUUCAUUACAGCAACAGGAGAAAAUUAUUUAUCAGUUGCAGAGCCAAGACAACCUGAUGAAGUUAAAGAAAUUCACAAACAAGGCAAUAGAAAACUAAGAAGAGCUGCAAUGUUUGGACAUGUUCCUAAAAUAAAACCUCGUCGUGACAAUUUCCAAAAUAAAAGUAGUUAUAAUAAUGGUGAUAAAUUUAAUAGUAAUUUAAACAACAACUUUAAUAACCAGAGUGAUAAUAAUGAAAGUAAAACAGCAAGGUUUGGUUAUGGCAAGUCAAAUAUGAAUGAUAAUACAAAUUCAAGACUUAGUAAUAAGUUUUCGAAUUCCAGUGAUAUGAAAUCUGAUCAAAAUGAGGAUAAGAAAGAAAAAUUGCACCCAUCUUGGGAAGCUAAGAAGCGUCAAUCUGGUAUACUACCGUAUCAAGGUAAAAAGGUUGUUUUUGAUGAUGGGUAGUGGAUUUAAACGUAACAAUAAAUGUAUUAGUUAAAUAAUA